AUGAAAUCUGUAUUGCUGCUAAAGACUGAGUCCAAACCGGUCGAUCCGUAUGUGGAAGCAUUUCAACGAUACCUACGAAAUGUACACUUUUUAGCAGUUUUACGGCAUCAAUCCGUAAAUGAGAACGUACUACAGAAUAAACUUGCUCAUUUGUUGUCGAAUUAUUGCGGAUUGAUUGUGACCAGUCAGAGAGUUAGUGAAACCCUUAGUGCUGCGUUGAAACAGUUGGAUGAAACCGCUGAAAAGACCAUCUUGAACACGAUACCUGUAUUUACAGUGGGCCCAGCAACAGAUGAUAGCAUUCGAAGACUAGGAUUCCAACAAACAUAUGGCAGGGACUGCGGACGUGGUGAGGUUUUGGCUGAUCUUAUCCAAGAUUGGUAUCAAAAGACUAAUCCAUCGAAGCCUUUGUUAUUCUUAAUGGGUGAAAAGCAUCGAGAUACUAUUCCGAAAAGGUUAGGCAAAGACCGUGUUGAAGAGUUGGUAGUUUAUGUAACUCAAGAGAUCGAGCAAAGUCAAUGCCAGAUUUCAGAUAUUAUUAAAGAACACCCUGAAAUUGAUUGGAUUGUUGUCUUCAGUCCAACACAACUUUGCUCAAGUUUGGCUUCUUAUUCAAGGAAAUUGGCAACUAUAGGCCCUACUACUGGAGAUUAUCUUCAAAAACUCGGUAUUGAACCGAGCCUUGUUUCCUCAGCUCCCAAUCCAGUCAGUUUAGCGUCAGAUAUCAAUGUAUAUGAUCAAAAUCAUGAAUGA